CUCAAUCGCCCCACCGCACUUCGCUCCAAAAGAAGAAGGCCGAAAAUUCCCAACAAAAAUCCAAGACCAACACCCGCCCAACCAUGCAAUCCCAACCGUCCCUCCGCCUCCUCCUCCUCCUCCUCCUCCUCGCGACGGUCUUCCUCCUCCUCCUACAGCCAGCCCCGGCCGCCGGAUCCCCCGCCCCCGCCCCCGCCGACGGCUCGGACUUCAUCCGCGCCAGCUGCAACGUCACCCUGUACCCGGACGUCUGCUACGCCACCCUCGCCCGCUACGCCCCCUCCGUGGGGAGCGACCCCGCCCGCCUCGCCCACGCCGCCAUCGCCGUGAGCCUCGUGAAGGCCCAGCGCGCGGCCGAGUACGUGUCCAACCUCUCCCGGGAGGCCGACUACGGGGCCGACCGGCGGGCGGCGGCAGCGCUGCACGACUGCUUGGAGAACUUCGGGGACGCCGCCGACGAGAUGCGGGGCUCCCUGAAGCAGAUGCGGCAGCUCGGGGCCGCGGGGAGCGGGGAGCAGUCGUUCCGGUUCCAGAUGAGCAACGUGCAGACGUGGAUGAGCGCCGCCCUGACGGACGAGGACACGUGCACGGACGGGUUCCAGGACGUGGCCGACGGCCCGGUGAAGGCCGGGGUGAGCCGCCGGGCCGGGGCGGUGAAGAAGGUGACGAGCAACGCCUUGGCCCUGGUCAACAGCUACGUGAACCAGCACGCUGGACCUUGAUGCCUCGGACAUGGAGAAAGAGCUGUGUGAAACUGAGUCUUUUUUUCUUUUUCUUUUUCUUUUCUCUUUCUCUUUCUCUGUCCUUCUUCUUUUAGGGUUUGAAAAAGAAGGAGCUACUCUUUGUAAAGGACUGAGAGAAUUAGGUUGAAGUGGUUAGCUAGUGUUGCACGUAUUUCCCACCAAAAGAAUAUGUAAUCCGAUACUGACGGAGAUUUGUACUUUAUAACUUGAGUGAGAUAGUUCAUUUUGUAAAUUCUUGGCA